UACAAGCAUUGCCACUCAAGAUUGUCCCAUGGAUCCAGAAACACUCUUGCAGUGCCCCUAUGACAAGAACCACCAGAUCAGAGCCUGCAGAUUCCCAUACCAUUUGGUGAAAUGCAAGAAGAACAACCAAAAGAUUGCCAAACAACUAGCGACGUGCCCCUACAAUGCCCGUCACAGAAUUCCUAAGGACGAGUUCAACUUACACAUUGAAAUCUGUGAAAGUAAAAUUUCCUUUGAGAUGAAUAAAGUUGCAGUAAAUAAUGGAAGCAAAGAAAAGACAGCCUGGAAAUGCCCCUCUCCACAGGAAGACUGGGAAAAUGAUGCUGAAGAAACUCCUGCUCGUCCUUUUGUUUUUGGUGCCAUAGUAUCAGAGGAUGGCUCAUAGAAUCCAGAUCAUUGGGGGAAAAUAAA